AUGGGCCACUAUUCAGCCGAGACCCCAAAGAGACAUUGGGGUGCUGGCAACACGCCACUGAUGAGCAAGCUCGACAAGGGUGUUCUACAGGGGUGGAAAAAGAAAACCCGAACAACAACACCAGUGGUGAAAUACAUAGAUGCCCGAGGCGUCCAGAGGUACAAGGGGACCAAGGAUCUCCGCCGGACGGAGGUUUAUCCUGUUCCAUUUGCCCGUGAAGUAUUGAGCCUGUUCGAGAGCAUGAAGAAAUCACGGCGCGGCCAACCUGAGCUUCCAGACCAUAUCCCCACUGCCCUUGAAACUUUCCGGGAUGCUUUUUGUUUCGGGGCGUUUGAGGUUGAGACUCCUGUUGCUAAGACACCGGUUGCUACACCUGUUCGCUCUGCAGCUCCAGAAGAUUUGAAGAACCUCCGACCACCUUCGAGUCUUGUUAGCGGCCCUGGCCAACCGUCAAGCCAACCUCUAGUGGAAGCCCAGCCCCGGGUUUCAGCUACUGGUGUCGAAACACUCACAUUGCGCUUGGCUGCAAAAGCCCGCAUCAUGCGGAUGGUGAAGGCCAAGGCCAAACGCCGUGAUUUGGAAGUUCCAGACUGGGUCAAAGAGGCUUGGGGUACUGGAAACAAGAACGAGAUAGCAGAUCUCUUGUGUUCCAGCAACUUCCAGAAGGAAGACUUUUUCAAUUCCCUUCACAUCCUUGUCACGAAGAAGAAAAAGGUCUCACUGACAAUCGAAGAGGGUUGGUUCUCAGAGACUGAGCUUCGGGAUGAGAUUGGUUGGGCCAAAAUCGAUGGAGCCAAAGCAUAUUGUAUGAGCUUGCCGGAGACACAUGUGAGGAAGAACAUGUAUGACAACGAGACAGAGUACUGGUGCGUGAUCAAGGAGUCGGGAAAACGCAAGGAAGAGCAGAGUUACGAAGAAGUUCACAAACGCCAAAAACAGGCCACUGGUGAGCCUACCUGGGAUUUGGACAAGAGCUUCAGUGCAAUGCAGUCUUACGAGGAAAGGGCCACGCAGCAGGAGAAGGUCAAGGAUGCUUUGGCUCGUUUCAUGGAGUCUAUCAUGGCAAAGACUGGUGCUAUGAGAAAGUUGAUCCGUGAACUUAAAAGCCAAUAUUCUGACCCGGCUGCUGCGCAGCUUCUUGUGACACUGGAAACCGAGAUCAAGAAGGUCGAUGCCCAGUAUGACUUAUGUAACGAAGCAUGGGCCCGGGGUGAGGCUGAUAGAUUUGCAACGGAUGAGUUUGUGAAGGAGGCCGAGUCCAAAAUGAAAGCUGCUACAUUUGUGUGCAGUAAGGCGGCGGCUGCAGAGCUGAAAGUGAGGACAGCCGCUGGUUGGUCCUGCAAUGGGGACGUAGUUGAGUUUCAACCUGCAGUGGUGCCAAUCACUCAAAGCAAGAUGUCCACGCAUUACGAUGCUGCUGCCUGCAAAACCUUUACACCAACUGCUCCCGUGAAACAAGAACUUGAUGAUGGUCAUUGCAAGUGUUUUGAUCAGGCCAAUUUCGAGAACAGAGCACCGGAUGACCGGACCAAUUCUGAGGAGCAAACAUCUAGCUUGCCCAUAUCUUUCAAGCUUCCUCCUGCGGAGGCGCUAUCUGGACAUGUGCUGAAACAUGCCUGUGGACAAUUGGAGACACUUUUUCGUAAGCAUUCUCCACUUAUCUUCAAGAUAGGAGUGACACAUGAUCAUGUGUUCAGAUGGACCAACGAAACCUACGGGUACCAGUACGCCAGGGAGAAGUGGGCACACAUGCUCGUACUCUGGAUCAGCAAUGAACCAUCGGGCCCAUGCAUGCUUGAAGCUGCCCUGAUAGAUAAGUACAAGAGUAGUCCUGGGAACAAGAACAUCAGGCUUGGUGGCGAUACAGCUCCAUCAUGGACCUCACAGCUCGACCGCUUUAUGACGUAUGUGGUGUACAGGAGUUUCAAACACCCACCACCAAUUCGAAGAUGCAACCUUGAAAAAGCCACAUGCUCAUCAGCUAUACGGACAGCAAAGGACUUUGUCAAGGAUGUUGGUGAGUCUGUGGCUAAAAGAUCUGGCGGGUUAGUUCAGCUAGCGCGUUGCGAUGAUCGGCAUAACUCAGAAAGGGAUGCGCAAAGGGUCUUAGUGAACAAACUUGGCUUGGCACUGGAUGUAAAAAUCAGCUAUUUACCACUGGAGAAAGAUCGACCUAUUGUCCCACACUUGAGACUACGGGACUGGGCGCAAUGGAUUGUUGACAAAAACCUCUGGUUUAUGUUGAGCGGACUGACUGCACCAGACGAGUCCAGAAGUGCGACGCAAUGGAAGAAAUUUUGGGACGCCUUCAGAGAUAUGAAUCCCAACCAUUCCGUUUUCACCAGGGCUGAUAGGGGAGACCUUGACCUCCGCUACACAGCUGGGAUUUUGAUCCACGGUGACGAAGGUAGAAGCCGUCGUCGAAGUGCCAUUAUGGUGCUGUCAUGGCAUUCAAUUCUAGGUAGAGGAACAGGACCCCAACAUCGCUCUGCCAAGACUGCUAAGUUGAACAAGAUGUACGACAAACUCCUUCCAAAUUUCAUGGGUCAUAGCUAUACCACUCGGUAUCUACUGGCAUGUUUGAACAAGGCAGCCUACAACUUUGGCAAUGAAUAUAUCUUUGAUGAGAUGAUGGAAGUAAUCUGCGGAGAUCUUGAAUUUAUGGCAACUACGGGUGUGCGCAACAGAUACAACCAGCGAUAUUGGAUGGUUAUGUUACACAUCUGUGGAGAUUGGCCAUUCUUGAGCAAGAGUGGAAAUUUGACAAGAACAUUCAACAACAUCACCAAGAAAGCAGGUGCCAACAGGAGAGAGGCCCCAAAGGGCAUUUGCCAUAUUUGCAGGGCAGGACAGGAUGAUGUUCCAUAUGAGCAAAUACAAACACGACGUCCUGUGUGGCUUCAAACUGUUCACACCCAGAAUCCAUUUGCUACAGAUCCUCCAUUCCUUCGCUUGGAUCAUGUACCUAAUCAGGCUGCUGACAUUUGGACUUUUGACCUUUUUCAUUCUUUUCAUCUCGGUGUUGGCCGCAACUUUGUUGGUUCUGUUCUCGCUAUGUACUCUCAACUUGAGUUGGCUGGAAACGUCGAAGAACGUUUUGAACUUUUGAGUGAUCGCUUUAGAUCCUUUUGCUCCCAGUCCAGACUUGGUUGUGUGCUGAAAAGAAUUACGAAGGAGUCCAUUCAAUGGCCUACUACUGGGUGCUUUCCAUCAGCCGGAUGGCACAAAGGUGCUGUGACUUAUGCCCUUAUGAAAUUCAUUGAGCACAGGCAUCUUACUGAAGAUUUGUCUGCUGACCCUUUGUUGCCUCUUGCUGGUGAAGCCUGUGUUGCCGCAAACAGUAGUAUCAAGCAAAUGUUCGAGUCAGGUGUGUUUCUAGAUCCUGAUGAGUCUGGUUCAGUGGGUGGUCAGGGAAUGCGAUUUUUACGACGAUACUCACAGCUAGCUUUUGAGGCCAAAGAAGCAGGACGCGCAUUAUUUAUUAUAAUGCCGAAGCAUCACAGUUUGCACAAGAUGUUUCUCAAAUUGAUUCACGCUUCAGAGGAAGGGAGACAAACUUUGAACCCGAUUACUUUAUCGGUACAGGAAGAUGAGGAUUUCAUCGGGAAACCCUCAAGAUUGAGUCGCCGCAUAACAAGUAGACGGCCUCUACUAGUAAGACUCAUGACCCGGUACUUACAAGCUGUCUAUGACCAGUAUGUUGCAGAUGGAUUUAUCAUCCGCCCAGUUUGA